CAGAACAGGAAGACAGAAGAGCCCCCGCGCAUCAAAAGUCAUGGCGGAGGGCUUGACGUUCCAAGAUGUGGCCAUUUUCUUCUCUCAGAAGGAGUGGGAAUGCUUGCACGCUGCUCAGAGGGAUUUGUACCGAGAGAUAAUGUUGGAGAAUUACAACAACCUCAUCUCCCUGGGACUUUCUGAUUCUAAGCCAGAUGUGAUCUUCUUAUUGGAGCAGGGGAAGGAGCCCUGGAUUGUUAAACAGAAGGAGACAAAAGGAUGGUGCCCAGGUGAGUGAUGGUGACUUGGAUGGAGAAGGCCAUGGCAGGUGGGUCAUGCAGCUGGGCCGGAA